CCUCUCCUCUCCCUCCUCCCCUCCGGCCAUCUCCGCCGCCAACAUCGCUAGCUAGCUUAACAAUCCCGGCAAUCAACUUCUUUAGCCAGCUCCCUGUUUUGCUCGCCACCAUUCCUGUUCUAGCGAGUUUCUGGAGCUCGUGACCGGAGGAUAAUGAGCGUGAAUCCUGGAGGCUGCUACACCGUAUUCAUCGCCGCGUCGCCGCUGGACCUCGAGAAGCCCAACAAGAGCUUCUACUUCUGGAUCUUCCAAAUCUUCAACCGAUACGAUUACUGCCUCUCCACCUGACUCCAUUCCCUUAAUUUCCUUCCUUCCUUCGCCACGAUUCUAGAUUUCUAGUGUCCUGCCUCGAGUAUUUGUGAUCGGCAGUUGACGCUAUAUAUACGACUAUACAUACAUACAUACCGUUAUUAGGUAGUCAGGCAGUGCAAGCACAAGCUUAAGUAGCAUCAUCUGCUCCUCCUGGGUUUGGGCUGGGUUACUGUUGGAUCGAACUGCCCAAGAUAUUUGAAUUGGCUGCAAGUUUCACACGAGCAACAACAACCAGCAUGGGCACCAUGACUCUGCCGCCCGGCUUCAGGUUCCACCCCACCGACGACGAGCUCGUCGGCUACUACCUCAAGCGGAGGGUCGACAACCUCAAGAUCGAGCUCGAGGUCAUCCCCGUCAUCGACCUCUACAAGUGCGAGCCAUGGGAGUUGCCAGAGAAGUCGUUCCUGCCCAAGAGGGACCUGGAGUGGUUCUUCUUCGUGCCGCGGGACCGCAAGUACCCCAACGGGUCGCGCACCAACCGGGCGACCACCACGGGCUACUGGAAGGCCACCGGCAAGGACCGCAAGGUGUCGUGCGACGGCGGCGCCGUGUGCGGCGUCAGGAAGACGCUGGUGUUCUACAAGGGCCGGGCCCCCGGCGGCGAGCGCACCGACUGGGUCAUGCACGAGUACCGCCUCUGCCAGGACCUCCUCCACGGCGCGUCCAACUUCAUCGGCGCCUACGCGCUCUGCCGCGUCAUCAAGCGCACCGAGGCCGGCCUCCUGCACGGCGACGCGGCAGCCAAGGCGAAGCCAUGCCACCAGCAGAUGACCAAGGUCGGGAGCAGCUCGUCCCUGGUCACCACGGACCAGCAGCUGGGCUCCCUCACGCCCAGCCCUCCGCGCCUCGACAUCGUCGGCAACGCCUUCCAGCUCCACACCUCCCCGUCUCCUCUGUACGGAGGGGAGGUGGUGUCCGGCAUGGGUGCGCCUCUGGGGUUCCCGCAGCAGGACGCCGCCGCCACAUUCUUCGUCGACGCCGACCUCGCCGGCGCAGGCGAGACGACGCAGUCGCACAUGCCUUUCUUCGGAGACAUGGGCGUGGUCUCGGACCACGAGCUCAGAUGGGACACCUUGCCGCCCUACGCCAACAACACCUUCUCCACCACCGCCGUCGCCGGCGCGGCGGAGCUCUGGAACCCGGCGGCACCGAACGCCGCCGCCCCGAUGCUGUGCAGGGAGGAGAGCGACGACCUGGCGGCGUUUUUCUCGUCCUUGGACGAGAACAACAUGGUGGUCUACUGAAGCUCCCAUUUCACACCCAAGAAAAAGAUGGUAGAAGUAAUUUCGGCAACAGAGGAAAUAAUUGAUUACGGAAACCUAAUUGCUCUCGGCAACGGCGGUAUAUUUUUAGCCAGUGUACGGGGUCGUAUACCGUAUGUGUCAGCGUAUGUGUGUGUGUGUGUGUGUGUCUUGGAUUCGGAGUGACGGCCUAUUUUAGCACUGUCUUCGCUCGCUGUGGCACGACACUUCCAUCUCAUUACUGUGGUUCAGUCUCUCUGCUAGCUGCUGCUGCUGCAAUUAACGCAGCAAUAUGUUGUACUCCCUUUCUUUCCGAUUUGCUAUAAUAUAAGUACUUAUAACCUUCUUUAGAAAAUGGACCAUUGUUUGUGCGAGCAUGUAAUUUUUUAGCA